UUGGGGGGGCUUUUUGUCCGUUAAUACGGUCUCCUUCGCCCCACCAGCCGGAAGGUGGUGCACGGCCGUCCCCCGCCCAGCCCCGCUGCCAUGUCGCGUUUUUUCACCACCGGCUCCGACAGCGAGUCGGAGUCGUCCCUGUCCGGAGAGGAGCUCGUCCCCAAACCCGUCGGGGGAAACUACGGCAAACAGCCGCUCCUCCUGAGCGAAGAUGAGGAGGACACCAAGAGAGUCGUGCGAAGCGCCAAGGACAAGAGAUUUGAGGAGUUGACCAACUUGAUCCGGACCAUCCGGAAUGCCAUGAAGAUCCGGGACGUCACCAAGUGUCUGGAAGAGUUUGAGCUGUUGGGGAAGGCUUUUGGCAAGGCCAAGAGUAUCGUGGACAAGGAGGGCGUGCCCCGUUUCUACAUUCGCAUCUUGGCCGACCUGGAGGACUACCUCAACGAGCUUUGGGAAGACAAGGAAGGUAAGAAGAAGAUGAACAAGAACAACGCCAAGGCACUGAGCACCUUGCGGCAGAAGAUCCGCAAAUACAACCGUGACUACGAAGCGCAGAUCACCAGCUACAAGCAGAACCCCGAACUGUCGGCCGACGAGGAUGCUGAGAAGAACGAGGAAGAUUCAGAAGGCUCUACCUCUUCAGAUGAGGAUGAGGAUGGGAUCAGCGCCGCUAGUUUCCUGAAGAAGCGGGCAGAGGCUUCCUCCGGGGAGAGUCGCAAGUUUCUCAAGAAGAUGGAGGACGAAGAUGAGGACUCCGAGGACUCGGACGAUGAUGAAGAUUGGGGCUCGGACUCCACCGACUCUGAUUCCGAUUCCGAGGAGGACGAUGGGAAGUACACCCUGCUGGCCUCCAAAUUCUUAAAGAAAGCCAGCACCACAGAGGAGGAUAAGAAGGCCGCCGAGAAGAAGCGGGAAGAUAAGGCCAAAAAGAAGCACGACCGCAAGUCCAAGCGCCUGGAUGAGGAGGAGGAAGACAAUGAAGGCGGGGAGUGGGAGAAAGUCCGGGGCGGAGCGCCUCUCAUCAAGCCCAAGAUGUUUGCCAAGGGUACGGAGAUUACCCACGCCAUCGUCGUGAAGAAGCUGAAUGAGAUCCUGCAAGCUCGAGGCAAGAAGGGCACUGAUCGGGCAGCCCAGAUUGAACUGCUGCAGCUGCUCGUUCAGAUCGCGGGCGAGAACAACCUGGGGGAAGGCGUGAACGUCAAGAUCAAGUUCAAUAUCAUCGCCUCCCUCUAUGACUACAACCCCAACCUGGCCACCUAUAUGAAGCCGGAGAUGUGGCAGAAGUGCCUGGACUGCAUCAACGAGCUGAUGGAUAUCCUGUUUGCCAACCCCAACAUCUUCAUCGGGGAAAACAUCCUGGAAGAGAGUGAGAACCUGUCCAACCCCGAACAGCCCCUCCGAGUUCGGGGCUGCAUCCUGACCCUGGUGGAGCGAAUGGAUGAGGAGUUUACCAAGAUCAUGCAGAAUACCGAUCCCCAUUCUCAAGAGUACGUGGAGCAUCUGAAGGACGAAGCCCGCGUCUGCGCCAUCAUCGAGCGGGUGCAGCGCUACCUCCAGGAGAAGGGGACCACCGAGGAGAUCUGCCGCAUCUACCUGCGCCGCGUGCUCCACACCUACUACAAGUUCGACUACAAGGCCCACCAGCGCCAGCUCACUCCCCCGGAGGGUUCGUCCAAGUCGGAGCAGGACCAGGCGGAGAACGAGGGGGAGGACUCAGCCGUGCUGAUGGAGCGGCUCUGCAAGUACAUCUAUGCCAAGGACAGGACGGACCGGAUCCGGACCUGCGCCAUCCUCUGCCACAUCUACCACCACGCGCUGCACUCCCGCUGGUACCAGGCCCGCGAUCUCAUGCUCAUGAGCCAUCUGCAGGAUAACAUCCAGCACGCCGAUCCUCCCGUGCAGAUCCUGUACAACCGCACCAUGGUGCAGCUGGGGAUCUGCGCCUUCCGGCAGGGCCUGACGAAGGACGCCCACAACGCCCUGCUGGACAUCCAGUCGAGCGGGCGGGCCAAGGAGCUGCUGGGGCAGGGGCUGCUCCUGCGCAGCCUGCAGGAGCGCAACCAGGAGCAGGAGAAGGUGGAGCGGCGCCGGCAGGUGCCGUUCCACCUGCACAUCAACCUGGAGCUGCUCGAGUGCGUCUACCUGGUGUCCGCCAUGCUGCUGGAGAUCCCUUACAUGGCCGCCCACGAGAGCGAUGCCCGGAGGCGCAUGAUCAGCAAGCAGUUCCACCACCAGCUGCGAGUGGGCGAGAGGCAGCCUCUGCUGGGGCCCCCCGAGUCCAUGAGGGAGCACGUGGUGGCGGCCUCCAAGGCCAUGAAGAUGGGCGAUUGGAAGACUUGCCACAACUUCAUCAUCAACGAGAAGAUGAACGGGAAGGUCUGGGACCUGUUCCCCGAAGCCAACAAAGUCCGCACCAUGCUGGUCAGAAAGAUCCAAGAAGAGUCCCUGCGCACCUACCUGUUCACCUACAGCAGCGUCUACGACUCCAUCAGCAUGGAGAUCCUUUCGGACAUGUUUCAGCUGGAUCUGCCCACGGUGCAUUCCAUAAUCAGCAAAAUGAUCAUCAACGAGGAGCUGAUGGCUUCCCUGGAUCAGCCAACGCAGACCGUAGUGAUGCACCGCACGGAGCCCACGGCGCAGCAGAAUCUGGCCCUGCAGCUGGCCGAGAAGCUGGGCAGUCUGGUGGAGAACAACGAGCGCGUCUUCGACCACAAACAGGGCACCUAUGGGGGCUACUUUAGAGACCAGAAGGACGGCUACCGCAAAAACGAAGGGGGCUACAUGCGCCGCGGGGGAUACCGCCAGCAGCAGUCCCAGACUUCCUACUGAACUUGGUCACCAUGAUCCCUCCCUCCCUCCCUCCCUCCUUCCCACCCCUGGGGCCAGACAGCUGAAAAGCCCCCAAUUCGUGAUAUGUCAGUUAAUAAAAGUUGAUCCGAAACCCA